AUGACAAAUAUCGGAAAGAUUCUCACUAUGAUAUUCGCUCUAUUCGGUAUUCCAUUAAUGUUAUUAGUUCUACAAGAUAUUGGCAAGCUUUUCACGAUAGCGAUGAAAUUUCCAUGGUUUCAAACGAAACGAGUCCACUCGUUAAACGAGAUAAGAGAAAUCGAGAUAUACAAACGUCAAGAUCUCGAGAUUUUCGACUUACCUCUUGUGGUCGGCGUCUCGCUUAUUGCUGGAUGGAUUUUACUCUGUUCGAUGGUGUUCUCAGUAUGGGAUCAGAAGUGGACAAUGUUGGAAUCAUUUUAUUUCUUCUUCAUAUCGUUAAGCACAAUAGGACUAGGCGAUCUCGUGCCCUCAUCACCACGUAUUCUUAUCACUAUGUUCGGUUUUAUACUUGUUGGUCUCUCAUUAGUAUCGAUGGUUAUCAACCUUUUGCAAGCGAAGGCAAGUCAGUAUUGA